UGUAAUAAUGACCCUGCCUCUGUCGAGAUGCUAGCUACGUCUUUUGGGCGAGCGAUUCAGACGGCAACCAAAAAAGGAGGAGGAAGAAGGAAGAGAGAGAACCCACCAGCAAUCGCCGUCGCACCCGUCGCCAUCGCCGUCGCACCUAUCGCCAUUGGCAUCUCAGAUUCAUUUGGUUGGGUGGGUUUCUUACGCAGCUUAAGGGCAAACCCAAUCCUAUUUAACUCAGAUAAUUAAAAUGAAGAAACCUCGAGGCACAAUCUCCACAUCAAGCAAAAUAAAGUUCGAAGAAUCCGAAUCUUCGUCUUCAUCCGAAGAUGAGAAGGAGAUAGAGCAGGAGCUCGCAGAUGUGACAUUUGGAGAACUGCAAAAGGCACGCUCAAAUGGGUCACAUUUAGUGCACCCAAAGCCCAAAGAAGAGAAGAAGGGUGGCCGGGCAAACAAGAACCGGCCAAUGGAGGUUGGUUGCGAGAAGCCUGUUACAAGAUUUCGAGAGAUCAUUCAAGGUUCGAAAAAGGUGGUACGUGACCCACGUUUUGAAUCUUUAUGUGGAACACUGGAUGUUGACGGGUUUAGGAAGAGAUAUGACUUUCUAUUUGCAAACGAGCUUCCUGCCGAGAGAGGGGAACUGCAGAAGCAAGUGAAGAAAUCCAAGGACCCAGAAGUCAUUGAAGAACUAAAGAAACGCAUAUCUUGGAUCGAUAAACAGCUCAAAUCUGAGUCAGCCAAGCGCACUGUAGCUGCAAUACUGGCCGAGCACAAGCAAAAAGAGAGAAAAGCAGCAAAGCAAGGGAAACAACCCUUUUUUCUUAAGAAAUCUGAGAUCCGAAAGAAACGACUUAUAGAAAAGUAUAAACAACUCAAGGGAUCGAGCAAGCUUGAAGCCUUCAUCGAGAAAAGGCGCAGGAAGAAUGCUGCAAAGGACCACAUAUACAUGCCAUACCGUAGGCCUGACAACACUGAGCAACAAAUGUAAUGACUUCACUUGGUUCUGGAGAAGCAGAGUAAAUUCUCUCAUUAGCUGAGUGGCAUUGGGAGACUACUGGGUAGUGACAUGCCAACCCCAGAGCUCUGAGGAAGGUAGGAGCCUUGCUGCAGCUGGGAGAACUAGUACUAGUGGGCAUACAAAGAGUUGUGUCAGAGGCCAUUGGAGACAUGCUGAAGAUCAAAGCUGAAAGAACUUGUGGCCCAAUAUGGUCCUCAAAAGUGGAACCUAAUAGCUGAGCAUCUUGAUGGCAGAGGGACACACAAUAUUGCAGAUUACAAUCAUCACUCAAGACCCAACAACCCAUCACCAUUUCAUCUGCCAAAUACAACUCCAUUCACAUAGCAAAAAUCCAUAACAGUUUCAUCUCCCCACGAAAGUAACUCGGAAAUAUCACUUUAUUUCUUUUCCCAUGUUUGUUUUGAGUAAGUAAUGGAAGACAAAUUUUCUUUAGUUUCCCAAUUGUACCCCUAUUAAAAAUAUGAAAAAUAUAUUAAUUUUAUUAAACUUUCUAAUUUAAUUAUUAAACAUUACACCAAUGUCCUAUUGAUAGUCCGAAUAUGCAAAAUUUCAGUUUAUGGCC